AGGAUUACAUGAGUUUCGAAGAAUUUCUUACAGGAUUGUAAAUGUAUAUAAAAUGUUCAGACGAUCAGCAAAUUAAAAACUUAUUCAAAUUGUAUGAUUUACAAAAUCAAAACGGAAUUGCAAAAACUGAUUUUUUACAGAUGGUAUUCUCAAUUUAUAAUUUAGUUGCAUAAUUAUUCUAAAGAAGAAAUUAAACUCAUUUUAAAUGAUCAAUUAUUUUUAGAAGAAUAAUAAAUCAUAAACGCCUAUCAUAGGACAACAAAAGUCAAGCCUCGUAAAGGGAGUGAGGACUUUCUCAAAAUGUCAUGUAAUUUUUUCAAUUCAUUCUUCAUAGUAUAAAUGUUCAGAAAGUACAGCAAUAUUUCAGAAAACAGAGAGCCUAUUUAAAAUGACCAUUAAAAUCACUUAUAAGUAGAUGUUCUACAAAGUCAAAACUCCAGACAAUCAAUUGACUAGAUAUUCACAUUAGACAGCAAAGCAUAAAUUGACGGUAUACCCAUGAAAGGCUUUGGGAUCAACCUCACAUUUCAAGUAUGCAAUGAUGUCGAAUCUGUAGGUGAAUGGACAGAAGAUUGAAAUGCAAGCCAACUUGAAUUUGUUAAUUAAAAAAUAUGUUGAAAUGGUUUAUAAGGCUAAGAAUGAUUUACCAAUUAACCUGGAGGAUUUUACGAUCUUUGUCAGACAACAUCCCAAUUUAAUUAAGCCUUUGUAUUGUGUAUUCAAUUUUGAUGUUUGGGGAAUGUACAAUAAUAUACCCAAAUAUAAGAGUUUGUAAAUAAUUAACUAAUUAUAGACCUUUAGAUAUUCAAGGAGAAUUAUAUAGAAUUUCAAAGAAGAGCAAAAUAAAAACUAAGUUCUGUCAAUUGUAUCCGAAUAUCUUGAUGGAAUUUUAGAAGAAGAAUGACAUUAAACCUACAAGUAUAACGAAGUAAUUGAAUAAUUAGGGAUUGUUUGUUUGAGUGGAUUGAUAAUUGAAGAGAGAGUGGAUCAUGCCAAUCAGAAAUUCGGAUUUGAAAUCUUUCAUAUGAGUCCACAUUAUAAACACAGAGUUUAUCAUUGCUCGGAUGAAAUAUCAUUUAGAGAAUGGCAAAGAGCUUUGUCUCUGUAUUUUAAUGGAGAAGUCAAUAAGAAAUAUUCUAUUCUUGAUAAGAUAGGCGAGGGUAAAUACUCAAUAGUCUACAGAUGUCAAUCUAAAAUCGACAAAAAGUUUUAUGCUUUAAAAGUAAUCAAUAAAAUGAAUCUUCCUCAAGAAGAGUAGGAUAUUGUGAAACACGAAAUAAGCAUCACAAAAUUGUUAAAUCAUUCUUGCAUUAUUAAUUUGAUUGAUUCGAUCGAGAAUAGAGAUUAGAUUCACAUUAUUACAGAAAUAAUUGAAGAUGGAGAUCUGUUUGAUUAUGUUUAAAAUAAAUAAUACUUAGAUGAAAGUGAAGCAGCCAUCAUUUUUAAUUAAUUGCUUGAUGCUCUGUCCUACAUUCAUUCGAUUGGAAUAGUACACAGAGAUAUAAAACCAGAGAACAUUUUGAUGAUCUUGGAUAAAAAUACUGUUAAACAAAUUAAAUUGAUUGACUUUGGUUUGGCUAAUCAUCUCUCAAAGAUCCAAAAAAAUAAUGAAUAUCAAAAUUAUCACUGUGGAACUUGCAAUUACUAAGCCCCUGAAAUGCUACAAUUUUAAGAAAUUACAUUUUCUGUUGAUGUUUUCGCACUUGGAGUGAUUUUAUAUUAUAUGUUAAGUGGUUACUUGCCAUUUGAUUCUGACAUACCCCAAGAAAUCAUACAGAAUACUAUUGAUGGCAUAUACAGUAUGGAUGAUUAUCAUUGGCAAUGUGUAAGCGAGGAAGCCAAAGAUUUGAUAGUGGGAUUACUACAGAAUCAACCAAGCAAGAGGCUAACUUUGAAUGAAGCUAAGGAACACAUCUGGAUUAAAAAGCAAUUGGCUAAAAAUAAUAAAUGAUCAAUAUAUUUCA